AUGUCUUACACCUCCUUUCUUCAGUCUGGUGACUGUAAUGUGAGCCCACCUUGUCAGUGGGAAGAGAACCCCAGCUGCCUGCACAAGAGGAUUCACUGCAGGGAGCUCCCGAGGAUCGAGGCUAGCACAGAUGGAACCCACGCUUCGGUGGAGGAGACCCCACGGUCCACGUGCAUGGAGAGUGUCUGCUGUGGCUUCACAGACCUCUUCACAAGCACCAUCCUCUUAGAGUUCUCCAGGCUGGGCCUGGGGAAUGACACGGAGGUGCAGCUGUGGGCUCUGGAGCUGCCUGUAGAUGACAGGGAGGCUAAGCGGAGCGUCACCCGGAUCUGGGAAGAUCAUCAACCACAACUCGCCUUGCACAUGGGCAUGGACACCUCUGCCAAGGCGAUCAUUCUGGAACAGUCUAGCAAGAACUGAGGCUACUGGGACGCUGACAUCCGGGGCUUCUGGCCCGAGGGCAGCGUGUGCCUACCUGGCGGCCCAGAUGUUCUGGAGUCAGGGGUCUGCAUGAAGGCGGUCUGCAAAUGCGGAGCUGUGGAGGAUGUAGAGGUCAUCUUUUCCCCAGAUGCGGGCAGCUAUGCUCUAUUCGUCUGUGAUUAUACCUAUUACCUCUUUCUGCAUCAUGGAAAGGGCUGCACGGCACUCGUUAAUGUCCCUCCACUGUCACACAGGCUCCCAACCACUCUGCUGGGAAGAGCCUUGCAAGUCAUCAUCCAGGAAAUGCUGGAGGAGGUGGGAAAACCCAGGUGCAAAGCCUGGUUCAAAGAAAACUCAACCAUGGUCGUUCCAGCUAAAGGGAACUGACCGGGGGAUUGCUCCUUUAGAGAACAUUAAUUGUUUCGAUCCUGAGUGUACUGUUCAACUGUGCAUU